UGCACAGACGUUUUUGAACUAUCUCAAGGAUUACCCGCCAACAAAAAAGAAACUCAACUACGAGAAUAUCAACAACAAUGUUCAGCACAGAAAGGAUUUUAAGAAAUACGACUUUCAAGUGCAACAUGCAGCGGAUUUUUCAAAGUUAUUUCUACAGACACAUUUAGCGCAUUACAGUGGAUUUGAUGACUCAUGCGACUCGAGCGCCUUGCUCGCCAUUAUUGGAAACAUGGACGGAUUUUCAACAAUCUUUAAGAAAGCGGCAGAUGAGCUCCGGAAAGACGUACGAAACCCUUGGGCACAUGCAAACUUUGAUGAGUGGGACGUUUUGAAGUAUCAAAGUGCUUUUCAGAUCAUGCAUAAAGUGGUAAAGAAUAUGCAACUCCCUGUGGCAGAGACAGCUAAAGUGGUAGCCGAUUUGGCAUUAUGGGAAACGAACGGAAUUCAUUUCCUGUCUGGGACAACACUUGGGAUAGAUAUUUUGACAUGUUUCAACGAAAAGACGAAAGCUCUUGCUAAAUACAUCAUCGGAUUGGAGACAAUGACUUAUGAAAACUGUGAAGCUUGCAGUAAUGCCCUCGAUAAAAUAACAGUCAGACUGGAUAAUACAUUUCGUUCACUGGAAUCAAAUCAAAAGGCACUUCUGAAAAAGACCAGUUUACUUGCUGCAACAGUAGAACAUAAUUCAGAAAAUAUUGCUGAAUUGCGUUCCGAAAUAAACGAAACAACAGAACGCGUUGCUUGCACAGAGAUUAAAUUGACCGAUGCAACAGAAAACAUACAAACUGUAAAGGAUGACAUUGAAACGUUGAAAGAUAAGGUGUUUACAAAUAAACUUCGUGUUGGUGAUACAGGAAAAAAAGAUACAGACACAACAAAAGGAAUCACGCCAUUUUUCAAUGUUCCAAAUCGACUAUAUGAUUUUACAGGUCGAGCCGCUGAAAAAGAGACUCUUGCUAGACGUUUUCAGUCUAAAAGUGCCGCCUCUUGUAUGCAAAUUAUAUGCGGUCUUGGGGGAACAGGAAAAACAUCUUUGGCAGUUGAAUACGCAUGGGAGUAUGCCAACUACUACCAAAAACAUGUUUUCUCCAUCAACGCAGAAUGCGAGGAAACCUUUUGCAAUGCGAUCCAAUGUUUAGCUUUUGAUAUAGAAACAGUUGGGAAAAAUGUAAAGGAAACCUUGUACAAAACGACAAAAUGGCUAACAUCGUUGAAACAUAGAUGGUUACUCCUCAUUGAUAAUAUGGAUACCGAUGAUAUAAGUGGUGUUUUAAAAGAGUUUCUAUUUGAUGCCCGCAUUCGCAAUUCAAACGCACACAUCAUAAUAACGUCUCGCCGUAAUGCUGACGAUGCUGAGGAAACAUUUCAAGUUGAAAAGGACGACUGCUUAUCUCUUGACGUGUUCACGCAAGAAGAAAGCAUUCUCCUUUUGGAAAAAAGAACCGCGCUGAACGUUGAUGACGACGCGGAAUCAGUCAUUGGGAUCCAAACAUCGUCUGUAAAGCUUUUGAAAAAUGUGCAAAGCCUGUGGAAGUUUUGCAGCAAUGUUCCGACACAGAAACGCUCAAAAGAGGCACUCUUCAUCUUUGGCAUAGAUUAG